AUGGCAGACCUCAAAAAUUGUGAGACCGGCACCCGUCAAAGAAACCUCCUUAUGAGGAGUAACACUCACUCGGAUCUCCUGAAAUUCAAAGGAGCUAAGCAGGAAUUGCAGAAGAUUUUCUCUGAAAUAGAGGCUUAUGUAACCGACUGUAAACAGUUUUUCAAAGAAAAGCUAUCAGAGGAGGCUGGGAAACGUCUCUCUCCUGCCCUUGAACAAUCCUCCAGAACUGACUUGGAGCCAUAUUUUGAACGAGUGAAACAAAUUCAGUCUAUCAUUUCGCGUAAUUUUUUUUUGAAUCAACUUAGAACAUCAAAUGGUAAAAGCACGGUCAUAAACGCAAUGCUUGGAUCGCGAAUCCUGCCUUCCGGCAUCGGACACACAACGAGCUGUUUUGUCCAAGUUCAAGGCACUAAUCAAAGUCAAGGAUUUUUACAGCAAGAAUCCAUUUCGUGCUCCGAGUCAGGCGUGGAGACUCAAACUUUAUCAGAACCUCAACCGAUAGAAUCGGUCAGUCAUUUGGCUCAUUCGUUGAGCUCGGCCAAGAUGGCCAGUGAUGCGCUCAUAUACCUCUUUUGGCCGAGCUCCAGCUGCCAUCUGCUGAGAGAGGACGUGGUCCUAUUAGACAGCCCUGGAGUGAAUGUAGAUCCUGAUAUGGACGCGUGGAUCGAUAGGCACUGUCUCGACGCUGACGUUUUCAUCCUCGUUGCUAAUGCCGAAUCAACUCUAAUGCAAGCUGAAAAGGACUUCUUCUACCGUGUCAGUAGCAGAAUCUCAAAGCCAAACAUUUUCAUCCUAAACAAUCGAUGGGACGCCUCCGCUGGUGAAGCCGAAUUAGCCGACCAGGUGCCUCUUUUUUCCCAUUUUUCACUGGUUAUAUUUUUGAAUGCUAAGAUUCCCAUUCCAUUUUCUGUCCUAUACGCAUCGUUUUCUUUUAAAGCACAUUUCUCUCGGCAAAAUAAAUUUACGCUCUUAUGUUUGUACGAUCCGCGUCUGGCACUUUUUCGUCUGGUUUUGAUUAAAUGCAGUUGGCUUACAAUUAAGGUAACCAUGUAG